ACUAUUGUGCCGCUGACACCUGUAUGAAUGGAGGAACGUGCUCACCUGCACCCAACAGCUUCGUUUGCGGCUGUCCACCUGGUUUCCAAGGAAACCGAUGUCAAACAAACAUCAACGAGUGCUUGCCCAACCCCUGUCUGUAUGGAUCAGAGUGCACAGACCUUGUCAAUGGAUUUAGCUGUAACUGUGUACCAGGAUACACGGGAAAGAAAUGCGAGUUCGACAUCGAUGAAUGUCUGGCCAAACCUUGUCUCAAUGGAGCCACGUGUCUUGAUCGGGUCAAUGGUUAUCAUUGCGCAUGCGAUGCCGGCUGGACCGGUAACACUUGUGCUGCAAAUAUGCAAGACUGUGCUGCCAACUCUUGUGACAACGGAGGCACUUGCAAUGAUCUUGUCAACUCUUUCUCCUGCACAUGCGCAGUAGGGUACACUGGACUCACUUGUGCUAUCAACAUUAAUGACUGUUUAGCUGGCUCUUGUAUGAACGGAGGGGCAUGUCGCGAUCUCGUCAACGACUUUUCUUGUAUAUGCCCUCCAGGAUUCUCUGGAAAGAGAUGUGAAACGAACAUCAACGAAUGUGUAGCGCUAGGCAUCACGUGUCAAAAUGGUGGCACGUGUGAAGACGGGAUCAACUCUUUCACUUGCAAGUGCAUGGAAGGGUGGGCUGGAACCUACUGUGAAAGAAACAAGGAUGAUUGUACACCCAACUACUGUUAUAACGGAGCCACGUGUCAAGAUCUGGUUGGAGGUUAUAAGUGUGUGUGUGCAGCAGGGUGGACCGGUAAAAACUGCGGAACAGAUAUCAAUGAUUGCCUGCCCGAUCCGUGCCAGAAUGGAGGCACGUGUUGCUGUGAUCGUGUCAACGACUUCACUUGCAACUGUCCACCAGGUUUUACGGGAAAACUCUGCGAAAUAAAUAUCAAUGAUUGUGAUCCCAAUCAAUGUCGAAAUGGAGCAACAUGCGUUGAUGGUGUUAACCAAUUCUCCUGUACAUGUGCUUCUGGCUACACGGGCGAUAAAUGUGAAACAAAUAUCAAUGACUGCAAACCGGACAGCUGUGCUAAUGGCGGUAGAUGUCAAGAUCUUCUUAAUGGAUUCUCUUGCACAUGCGCACCAGGGUUCACGGGACCGCGAUGCGGAACAAACAUAGAUGAAUGUAGUUCAAAUCCCUGCCAGAACGGAGCCGCGUGUACGGACCGGGUUAACGGGUAUCAAUGCUCAUGUCUCGCUGGAUACUCCGGAGACAACUGUGAGAUAGACAUCGAUGAGUGUGCACCAAAUCCAUGUAAAAAUAGCGGGACGUGCAAAGACCUGGUGAACGGCUUCUCCUGCACGUGUGUUACUGGAUGGAUUGGGAACGACUGCUCAAUUGACUAUAACGACUGUCUGUCUAACCCCUGUACUCACGGAGGAACUUGUACUGAUAAAUUCAACGACUACUCUUGUCAGUGUCGCUUGGGCUACACCGGGAAAGACUGUAGUGCAAACAUCGAUGAUUGCCUUUCCAAGCCUUGCAAAAAUGAUGCUAUAUGUAAUGAUCUUUUGAACGACUACUCUUGUUCAUGUAAACCGGGAUACACUGGCAAAAACUGCGAAACAGAUAUUGAUGAGUGUCUUGGCAAGGUCUGUGAACAUGGAGGAACAUGUCAAGAUUUGGUUAAUGAUUACGAGUGUAAAUGUCCUGCAGGAUGGUUUGGACGGCUCUGUGAGAGUGAUGUUAAUGAGUGUUUAUCUGAUCCAUGUAAAAAUGGUGCCAAAUGUAUUGACAAGAACAAUGGCUACUCAUGUAAAUGUGCUCCAGGAUGGGAGGGAAAACUUUGCGAAACUGAUACUGAUGAUUGUGCCAGCAAUCCCUGUCUAAAUGAUGCAACAUGUAAAGACAAACUUGACGGUUAUGACUGCACAUGUGCAGCAGGAUGGGAAGGAAAAAACUGUGAACAAAAUCAUAAUGACUGUUUGCCCAAUAAAUGUGAGAAUGACGCUUCCUGCACUGAUCUCAUCAAUGAUUACAGAUGUAAUUGCGUGACAGGAUAUGAAGGGAAAAACUGUGACGUCAAUACUGAUGACUGCGCACCAGGACCAUGUAAGAAUGGUGCCACAUGUAAUGAUCAGGUCAAUGGCUACACAUGCACAUGUGCAGAUGGAUUUGAGGGACUGAACUGCGACAUAGAUCACAAUGACUGUUUUCCGAACCCAUGCAAGAAUGGUGCUCCCUGUACGGACAAGGUCAACGGGUAUGACUGCAACUGUCUUGCUGGAUACGAAGGAAAGGACUGUGAAACAAACAUCGACGAAUGUAAAUCUAAUCCAUGUCAGAAUGGUGGUUCUUGUACUGAUGGUAUCAAUGGCUUCACCUGUGCAUGUGUCGCCGGUUUCGAGGGGAACCAAUGUCAAACAAAUAUUAACGAGUGUGCCUCUAAACCUUGCCAAAAUGACGGUAGCUGUGUUGACCAAGUCAAUAGCUACAAAUGUAACUGUGCAUUUGGAUACGAGGGUCCUAACUGUGAGACAGAUACUGAUGACUGUUCGCCGAACAAGUGUCAGAACGGGGCCACGUGUGUUGAUUCUGUUGGUACUUAUCAGUGUCAGUGUGCUGCUGGAUUCCAAGGAAGAGACUGCGAAACCAAUCACGAUGACUGCAGUCCAAACCCUUGCAAAAAUAACGCGACUUGCGCAGACAAGAUCGAUGAUUACGAGUGUACAUGUCCUCCAGGAUACGAAGGCAAAAACUGCCACAUAGAUAGAAACGAUUGCGCUCCAGUAAAUCCAUGCAAAAACCUAGGCUCUUGUACCGACAAAGUCAAUGACUUUGAUUGCACAUGCGUAGCUGGAUGGGAAGGGAAAGACUGCUCCGUCAAUGCGAAUGAAUGCUCUCCGAAUCCAUGCCAACAUGGUUCUUGUACAGAUUUAGUCAAUGGCUACAAGUGCACGUGCCAAGAAGGAUGGGAAGGAAUCAACUGCAACAAAAAUAAGGAUGACUGUUCCCCCAAUCCGUGCCAAAACAAUGGGCAGUGUACAGACCUGGUGAAUAGCUAUUCCUGCGCAUGCGCAGCGGGAUGGACUGGAAAUAACUGUGACGAAAAUAUCAAUGAUUGUACACCAAAUGAUCUCUGCAAAAAUGGCGGGACAUGUACGGAUGGCGUCGACAGCUACACCUGCACAUGCGCAAAAGGAUAUGAAGGCAGUAACUGCGAAAUCAACACCAACGACUGCGACCCCAACCCAUGUGCUAACAAUGGACAAUGUACUGACAAGGUAGCUGGGUUCGACUGCAAAUGCGAAGCUGGAUGGGAAGGAGAUCGCUGUGAAACAAAUCCCGACGAUUGCUUAUCCAACCCCUGUAAAAACGGCGCCUCCUGUACAGACAAGGUCAAUGGAUACACUUGCACAUGCGCAGCAGGAUGGGUAGGGAAUGACUGCAGCACAAACAAGGACGACUGUGAAUCUGCCCCAUGCCAGAAUGGCGGCGCCUGCGCUGAUUUGGUCAACGGUUACAAGUGCACAUGCGCAGCAGGAUGGACGGGAGUAAACUGCGAUGAAAACAUCGACGAGUGUAAACCUGCUGACCUUUGUCAAAAUGGCGGAACAUGUAAGGAUGGCAUCAACAGCUACACCUGCACAUGCGCAAAAGGAUAUGAAGGCAGCAACUGUGAAAUCAAUACCAACGAAUGUGUAUCAGACCCUUGUCUUAACAAUGGAAAAUGUACUGACAAGGUAGCUGGAUUUGAAUGCACAUGUGCACCAGGAUGGGAAGGAGACCGCUGUGAAACAGAUCACGACGACUGCUCUCCAAAUCCGUGCAAGAAUAAUGGCACUUGUACCGACCAGGUCAAUGGGUUCACUUGCGCAUGCGCACCAGGAUGGGAAGGAAAUGACUGCAGCACAAACAAGGACGACUGUGAAUCUGCCCCAUGCCAAAAUGGCGGCGCCUGCGCUGAUUUGGUCAACGGUUACAAGUGCAAUUGCGUGGCAGGAUGGACUGGAGUAAACUGCGAUGAAAACCACAACGACUGCUUACCAAACCCUUGCAAGAACGAUGGAUUAUGUGAUGAUCAGGUUAAUAACUAUAGAUGCGUUUGCAGACAGGGAUGGACAGGAAAAGAUUGUGGUACAAGCGUCGAUGAUUGUGCCUCGGAUCCUUGCAAGAACAACGGCACAUGCUCAGAUCUCCACAUGGAUUACAAGUGUUCCUGUUUACUGGGAUUCACUGGAAAAAACUGCGAGACAAAUAUCAACGACUGUGAUCCCAAUCCAUGUGCUAACGGUGCUCAGUGUAAGGAUGAUGUCAAUGGCUUCACCUGUGUAUGCGUACCUGGAUUUGAAGGAAGUAACUGUUCUUCAAAUAUUAACGACUGUGAACAUAAUAAGUGUAAGAAUGGUGCUCAGUGUAUCGAUCUGGUCAGCGGCUACAAGUGUCAGUGCAAACCAGGCUUUGAAGGAGCGAACUGCGAUAUAAACCACAAUGAUUGCUCUCCAAAUAACUGCGCCAGUGGCUCGACGUGUACAGACUUGAUCAAUGAUUAUGAGUGCACAUGUAUGGAUGGAUAUCAAGGAAAGAACUGCGACCAAAACAUCGAUGAGUGUGCACCUCAACCGUGUAGAAAUGGAGGUUCUUGUCAAGAUCGAGUGAAUGGUUACAAUUGCACUUGUGUUGCUGGUUGGACCGGUGAUCAAUGUGAAAUAAACAUCAAUGACUGCGAGCCCAACCCGUGCAAGAAUGGCGCCCAAUGCAAGGAUCUUGUCAACAAAUUUGAAUGUCGUUGCGCACCUGGGUACGAAGGAGAUCUCUGCGAAACAAACCAUGAUGACUGCUCUCCAAAUAACUGUGAAAAUAGCGCGACGUGUACAGACUUGAUCAAUGAUUACAACUGCGCAUGCGCGAGCGGAUGGACAGGAAAGAACUGCGACCAGAACAUCGAUGACUGUGAGUCAUUCCCUUGCCAACAUGGAGGCUUAUGCACAGAUCUUGUCCAUGACUAUUCCUGCGCAUGUGCAGCUGGGUGGAGCGGAAAGUCCUGUGAAACAAAUAUCAAUGACUGCAAACCUAACCCAUGUGAAAAUGGAGCACGGUGCGAGGAUCUUGUCAACUCUUAUGACUGUGUCUGUCAAGCAGGAUGGACUGGUGAAAAAUGUGAAAUAAACAUCAAUGACUGCGCGUCUUCACCAUGUGCUAAUGGUGCUCGUUGUGAGGAUCUUGUCAACAACUUCAACUGUGUCUGCCAACCUGGAUGGGAAGGAAAUAAAUGUGAAAUAAAUCAUAAUGACUGCAGCCCGAAUCCAUGUAAGAAUGAUGCCAAAUGCACAGAUGAGGUCAAUGAUUACACUUGCACAUGUGAAGCGGGAUGGUCAGGAAAGAACUGUGAUAACAAUAAUGAUGAAUGUAAUCCUAACCCUUGUAAGAACAGUCUUUCCUGUGAAGACAAGGUCAAUGGCUUUUCAUGCAAAUGCCUACCUGGUUACACUGGGAAAACCUGCGAGGAAAAUAUCAAUGAGUGUGCCCCUGAACCGUGUAAGAACGGUGCCACGUGUAGCGAUGGGGUCAAUGAUUACACCUGUACAUGUGUAUCAGGCUGGACGGGCAAGAACUGUGAAACUAAUAUUGACGAUUGUGCUUCAAUGCCUUGUCAAAACGGUGGAACCUGUUGCUGUGACCAAGUAAAUGACUUCACUUGUACAUGUAAACCUGGAUACACAGGCAAAUUGUGUGAAACAGACAUCGACGAAUGUGCCUCAAACCCGUGUGAAAAUGGCGCCACUUGCACUGAUGGUGAAAAUAGUUACACGUGCGCAUGCGUAGCAGGAUACCGUGGAACCAACUGCCAAAUAAGUGAGUGA